AUGAUGACAACAGUUAAAAACGUUCGUCUUUUUCGAGUAUUCAUUAUUCUAUCGUUAUUAAUCAUUCCUAAUAAUGAUAAUCACAUUAAUGGGCAUAUAAUAACAGAAAAACUGAAUGUCUUCGCUAACGUUGAAUAUCAAGCAUCAACUAAUCUUUCCAUUAUCGGUUACAUUUUAGUACGAAGUAGUAGCCAAUGUGCAGGUCAGUGUAUACAGCGUUCACUAUGUGGAACAGCAUCAUUUAAUCGAAUGACUCAUGUAUGUUCUCUAUUUGGUGAACCAAUACAUAUUGGACAACUGAUUCAGCAUAAUAAAAUGGUUAUUUUCGGACGUACAGGGAUAAAUUCGUCGUCAACAACUACGGGAAGUUCAUCAUGUAGUGCAAUUAUUCCUUCGUUUGGAAAUAUAUGGAAUUGCAUCAAUGUUACUACAAGUAUUACUGUGAAUAACAUAGAAAGAUUAUAUCUAAAACACGGUGUCGCAUUCCGAUCAACUGUUUCAAACAAUAUAACAGUUUUUAUUGAGUCAAAUGCUAAUUUCUCAACGAACAGUGCCCAGGAUAUAACAGUUUAUAUUGAAUCAGGUGGAAAAUUUCAAGCUACAAGUGGUGAAAAUAUUACAGCUUAUGUCCAAUCAGGUGCAACUUUUACAAUAACAGGUGGCGGAAAUAUUAUGGCAUAUCUCGAAUCAGGCGCAAAGUUCUCGAUUACAAGUGGUGGAAUUAUCACAGCGUAUCUCAAGUCAAAUUCGUCAUUUUCAGUUGCCAGUAGUGGAAAUAUUACUGCUUAUUAUGAAAGCGGCUCUAUUCGAAAUUUUUUGUACAAUGCAAAAACAGAGAUCCUGUGUUCUCCAAUAAUAUUUAAUUAUUCAAACGUUUCCACUGGUGGAUGUUAA